AUGAGCUACCAUGUCACAAUUGUCCUAUGGACAUUGUCACUCCAUCUCCUGGCCAUUGCUCAUGCCCAAUCUCUGCCAUAUAAUCCCACGACCAUACUUCGCCCACGGUUCUCAUCUCACCAGCAGGAUCUCGCAUAUGUCUUCCUCCAGGGCUCUGGUUCACAUCAACUCGCAUCUCUCAAUAUAUCCUCGACCAUAUCAGCAUCGAAUUUAUCCCUUGUAACGAUUACUCCGAGUCUGCCCUUCUUGACAGAUGAUAGCAUCGCAUUUAUACCAACAAUCUCCUCCGCCGAUGAAAUAUCUAUGUAUUCCGGCUCCUGCUCGGAAUCCAAAAACUCCGCAGUAUGGAAAUAUACGCCGUCAAAUACAAGUGCUAGUGGGAGUGGCACAUGGGAACAAGAUGCAAUAAAGACAGCUAGCGAUGUGACAUCUGCUGCUCUCCCAGGGGCUGACUUCCUCUCCAAGGCAUUCAGCUUCUCCACCAUCGUCGAAACCAAUGCUUCUCAGAGCAACAUCUAUGUCUUCGGAGGCAUGUGCCCGACCUCAUCAGCCACGACCUCAACAUGGCAAUCAUCAGCAUCAUACUCCAACCAGAUGCUCCGCCUCGCCCCGACCAUCACCUCAUCCACUUCCUCGACCUCCCGCACAACCUAUACUCUUGAUAUCACCUCAAGCAGAGCUGCCCCGAUCGCCGAAGCAGGCUUCACGAUAACGGGGUUGACUCCCACAUACUCGAAUGGCUCCGGGGUAAUGACACAACAGCAGAACUUCGUCUUGCUUGGGGGUCACACGCAAUUAGCAUUCAUAAACAUGAGUCAAGUUGCAAUCUGGAGUCUUCCAGAAGAGAGCUGGAGUUUCAUGACGGUGGAGUCUCCAGUCAUCUCGAACGGUAAUACAGAACUUGCUAUCAAAAGCACCGUAACAAGUGUGGAUAGUAGAUCUGGACAUACUGCAGUUUUGAGCGAGGAUGGAUCACAGAUCAUUGUUCUCGGUGGCUGGGUUGGUGAUGUGAACCAAGCCGCUGAUCCACAACUUGCUGUCUUGAGCCUUGGAACAGGAUUUGGAGGCAAUGGGAAUUGGCAGUGGGAGGUUCCAACGCAUCAGCCGUCUGGUAAUGGAAUUUAUGGCCAUGGGGCUGUGAUGCUUCCUGGGAAUGUCAUGAUGGUACUUGGCGGAUAUAAUAUAUCUGCCUCGAGUAGCUCAAAAAGAGCAACAGGCUCUUCGACUCCAGCAAUGUUCUUCAACGCAACGAGCAUGCAGUGGGUGUCAAAUUACACCAAUCCAUCGUAUGUGGCUGCUAUUGCAAGCAAUGCAGCUAGUGCUUCGUCUUCGUCGAAAUCUAAUUCAACAAAAGCUGGUCUGGGAGCUGGAUUGGGUCUUGGUCUCGCUGCUACCAUUGGUGCACUAAUAUUGUACUUCUGGUACAAUCGACGAUUAAAGCGCAAAAGAAAGGAAGCGAGGGAGGACGAUCUUAGAAAUCUGAGUAUCGGUGCUUCGAAUUUCUACUCUCCCCGGACCCAAAUGGCCUUUGACUCGACCAAUGCCGUGGCUGGAUAUGAAAACCUUCAUACUGAUGCUCAUGAUGUCCAUAGUUUGGGGGACGCUUCAUUGGUUCCACCGCCACCGAGACAGAUUCCAAGGAAGCCUCUGCAUUCAAGAAGUGCUCGUGGAAUAUACCAACCUACUCCAACUUUCGAUUUCAACGCCGCAGGUAGCCAUGGACGAGGGGCAGGUCUGGGAACUGCUGGACCGAUACAUCCUAUAUACGAAGCAGACGAAGAAGAUCAUACUCUUUAUAAAGCUGAAGGCGUGGGUGUUGCCAUUGGUGAACCAUCAUCCAGAGGACCUUCACCAGAAAGAAAUCGCCACUCCGACCCAUUUAAAGACCCCCCAGCUGGCAAUCCCACGGCUAUUCGUACCCAAACACGCACCCCAGACGCAGAAUCCAUUGCACACUCCCGGGAACGAGAGAUCCAGGAGUGGGUCUCGGAUUGGGCAGCAGCAGACGUACUCCUCAACUCCCAAAUUCGCACCCACUCCAACGCCGGUCGUCUAUCACCCACACGACGAGCCCAGCUCAUCGCAGCUAGCAACGCAGCUUCCAUCUCUGGAGAAGAAGAGAGCGGCCGCACAGCAAGCAACCUCUCUGAACGCAGCGUCGCCAUCUCCGGCUUCACCAUUUCCCGGUCAGGCUCGAGCUCCCAAGGCCGCUCAAGAUCGAACUCGCUUCGCGGCUUCAUCACGGGAAUGAAUCCCUUCACAUCAACAAUCCUCUCGACAACAGUAGGACCAAGCACAAACAUCAGUCCAGUUUUCGAUGGUCCUGGUCCUGGUCCUCUUGGACCUAGAAAUCCUCCACGAAGCGCGGGAAGUACGAGUGGUACGAGCUUCAACACCGCACAUACAAGUUUCCAAGCCUUGCAAGAGCAAGGCGAGUCCUUGCUCCCCAGGCCAGGUGAUGAGCUUUCAAUAGGAGACUACUCGCCAACCCGUUCCCAGCCCGACUCUUUGCCUGGCAGUCCAUCGAAGAGUAAACCACCUACCGGUCUCGGUAAAGGCCGCUCACAAGGCUUCCUAGGCAGCUUACGGCGGGUCUUCGUCGGUGGAGCUUCUGGGAACACUAGUCCAGAUUCGCCAAGUUAUGGCAGCAGAGACGACAGUCCUACGCGCCCUUUCAAUUACCCCGCUAUGUCUUCGGGUGGAGCCGGGCCCAGGAGGACAGUCAGCGCUGGCGCGACCUUAUGGAGACGGAAACAAGGGAAGGGGGACUGGGAAGAUUCUGCAGAUAAUAACAAUAAUACACUGCGGAGCACCGGGCGGAGUAACACCAUUACAGGCUCUCUGCCUCUCGGCAUCACCAGCGUAGGACCGUCAGCGGCAACGGAUGGAGGGGACGAGAGUGACGAUGAGUGGGACAUCGAGCGCGCGGUCGAGAACCGCGUCGUGCAGGUUAUGUUCACUGUCCCCAAGGAGAAGCUUCGGGUAGUUAAUCACGAUUUUGAGGAGGAGAGGAGUGAGGUUGGGAGCUUGAGAGGGGGGUCGAUGAAGAGUAAGAAGGGGAGUGGGAGGCGGAGCGUCAAAGACCUCUUCGGGAUAAAUGAGGAGGUCAGGAUUGAUGAGAAGGAGGAGGAGGCGGCGGCGAGUGAGCCGUUGCUUGAGAUGGAUGAGAAAGAGGACCUGAGGGAGAGAGAAAUGAGAGAAUCGCCGAGAGCGAAAGAGAAGGGCAAAGGCAAGGUGCUUGAGAUUGUGGAGAAGAUCGAAGGAAGGAGUCCCGAUCAUUCGCCUGUCCGCUUUUAG